GUUGUUGAACUCAGAAGUCCCUGAUCCUUUCUAAACAAAGCCGCUGACACCCCAUGUGUUCAUGAACCAUGUAUGGCAUCAUCUGUGCGACUGCAGAGGGAGUGUAUGACCCUUUAUAAAAGAAAUGGUCCAUAAACAGGCGACUGAUCAGAAUUUUUGAGCCUGCGAUUAUGAUUCGGAUAGCAGCCCUCAAUGAUUCAAGCAGUGAGGAGGAUAGUCGGGCUCCAAAGACUGCAGCCAGAACAACUAAGGAGGCAAAGGAGUCUGAAGCCUUCACCUUGUAUGAUGCAGCACUGAGGCUCCAGAGACAGGGCGAGGAAGGUCUAGCAGAAGCUGCAUUCAAGGAUCUACUCCAUCAUGUGUUCCUCAGAGAGACAGCACAGUUGGUGGAGGACGAGGAAGAAGGUGCAGACCAGGACGGGCUACGUCUGCUGUACUCUAUACACAAAAACCUGGCCAGUGUGUCACUACACAGAGGAGACUUAGAGUCAGCGAUCUGGUCCUACGUAGAGGCAGUGAAGAUUGACACGACAGAGGUGACCGUUUGGUACAAAAUAGGGACCAUUGCUCUCAAGCUUUAUAACUUCCCACUGGCCAGGCUAGGCUUUGAAAAGGGUCUACACUGUAACCCGAACCACUGGCCGUGCCUCGACCAUAUUGUCACCCUGCUGUACGCCAUGAAUGACUACUGGAAUUGUCUAUACUACAUCUCACGAGCUUUGGAAAAGGAUCCUGAGUACUCCAAGGGCCUUGUACUCAGGAAGCAAAUUCUCAAGGAGCAGCCUUCUCUGAAAUAUGACACAGAAGAAAUGUUUGAACAGUGUGAUCAAGCUAUCCUUAUAGCCAGAGUGGACCCAUCUGAAUCACAGGAGUACAUUAACGAGGCACUAGACUUGAGAGACAGACGUCGAGAACUGGCUAAGGAACCUGAGCCUCUUCCCAUCAAACUCCCAAAAGCCAUCACACAUUUCACUUGGAUGAACUUGGGAGAAAGUUUGGUAGAGCUUUAUGAUAGAGCUGUUAACUCAGAUCCACCUUUGAGCCUGGGGCUACGUGUUGACCUGUCGGAGUAUAGCAACUGCACGGAUGUACCUCGUGUUGUACCGGCUAAAUCACCUGCUAUAGAGGAGACAACAGACCAUUCUGGGGAAAUGGAGGUCGAUUCUGUUCCUGUGAUUACCAAAGAAAUACAAUCUAUAGAGGAUCAGAAAAAGGAUGGAACUAGAACAUCCGAAGUCCUCGAUGUUCUGAUGGUCAUGGAGGAGUCAGCUGCUGCUUGUUCAGAGUCUCAGAUAGACAAGGAUAAUGUUGCCAUGGAUACUGAUGAAAUUCAAGAUCAAAUGGAUACUAAGUCUUCUGUUGUGCCAUCCACUUCAAUUGCAAUAAUGCCAUCGUCCCCACUGUCAACGGCUACUGUCAGUCAGCAGGCAAACGUCAUCAGUAUGACAGAUUCACCUCGGACAACAGCUGAUGUAAGACUGACACCAACAACUGUCUCAGAGCCUAUGCAGGCAACAGCAGGUACUGGGUUACCACUGACUGUCUCAGGAAUCUCCGGUACAACUGAUAUUGGGUCGACAGUAACAACUGUGUGUGAUCUACCAGAGUCAACAAGUGAGGAAGAACACUUACAGACAAGCAAUAAGGAGAGACAGUCAUACACUGGUUCUUUAACUGGACUACAGCAGUCAUUCAGUGUUUCAGAGCUGCAAGAAACAACUGUUUUACCCAAAAUUCUAAGCAAGACAUCACCAUUGCAACAGAUGUCUGAUGUUUCUGAGCCACCCCAGACAACUGCUGUAUUGGCCCUACCAUCAGGAGUUCCAGUAACAUCAUCAGGACUGCCAGUGACAACGUUAUCAGGACCACUAGAUAAAGUUACAGACUUAGAGAGGAUUCAACAAACAAGUCCUGGUGCAGGGAUGCCAUCAACCAAAUCUGUGACAGAGAUCUCACAGAUGACAGCUGUUUCUGGGAUGUUGAAGACAUUACCUAUAACAGAAAUUCCUCAUACAGCAACUGUUUCAGAAAUACCACUAUCAACAUCAGCGAGUGUACCACCGUUACUACCUGCUUCAGGAGUUCCGCCGAUGCUAUCGUCAGAAACCCCUGUUCCUGGAAUUCCACAGGCAGCGUUAACAGAGUUGUCACAGACAACAGGGAUGCCACACUCAUCACCAGUGUUAGAGAUACCACAGACAUCACCUGGAAUUCCAUUGACAAUAUCUGCCUCAAAGAUACCACAACCAAUGCCAGUUUCAGGAAUUCCACAUUCAAUGCCUGUAUCAGAAAUCCUACCGACAUCACCUGUGUCAAUGCCUGUAUCAGAGAUCCUACCGAUAUCACCUGUGUCAAUGCCUGUUUCAGAGAUCCUACCGAUAUCACCUGUGUCGAUGCCUGUAUCAGAGAUCCUACAGACAUCACCUGUGUCAAUGCCUGUAAUCCUACCGACAUCACCUGUGUCAAUGCAUGUAUCAGAGAUCCUACCGACAUCACCUGUGUCGAUGCCUGUAUCAGAGAUACUACAGACAUCACCUGUGUCAAUGCCUGUAUCAGAGAUCCUACCGAUAUCACCUGUGUCAAUGCAAGUAACAGGGCUGCCACCCACAACACCUUCUUCGGGAAUUUCGUACACAACGCCUUCAUCAGGGUUGCCACACAUAACACCUCCGUCAGGGUUGUCACACACAACGCCUCCGUCAGGGUUGUCACACACAACGCCCUCUUCCGUGUUGUCACAUCCUUCAGCAUUAUCUACACCUGUGUCUAGAGUACACCAAACAUCCCCUGUAACAGCCCUCCAUGACCACACUUGUGCAGCAUCGUUAGAGACAGAUGACCUUGUAAAGGGGCGUGGCAAGGCACCAAAGAGAAAGAGAGCGUUUAUACCAGAGGACUUUGGUCUCAGCGUCAAACGUAGGAGUGCCAGGGUGAGAAAUGUUAGCAAACCAAAAGAAGAACCAAGUGUAAAUUUUGAAGAGCUUCUCAUCUCCUUCCUGCCGUCCAGUCUCAAACAACUUAAUGAGGAGGAGGAUACUGAAAUGCUGGUGGUGCAGGAACAAAGUGGGGAAGAAAAGACCACAGGUGGUGAGGUAGAGAUGAUCCCCGAGGAACAGAAACUGGCCAAGUCUGAGGAUACAGAGGUCAGAGAAUUCUUAAAGCAGAACAUCAAAAACGGAGGAACCAUUUGUCUGAUGUUGCGCUAUCUCUUCAUCUUAGCAAAAUAUGGAGAAACUAAUUGGCCAAUGGGACUGACGGACGUGUUUCUGAAGGUGUAUAGCCGCACUAGGAAGCACUUCGAUAUGCCUGAUAUCUUUAGCUUGGGAGAGUGUGAGGAAUACACACAGAAUUUAGGGAAGACAUGCCAGUUAGCAGCAGAAUUCCAGUUAGAUCAGUGGAUUGUCAAUAACAGAAUGAGCCUCUCACCUGGUAGUUCCCCGAGGAGUCCAGGGUCGCAGCAGCUGCAUACAUCUGACCUUCCCCCUCAUUGUAAUGAUGACCUCUGGUUUAUCACUGGAUUGACAGGAUGUGGUGAGGUCAUGGGGUCAAACUGGCUCCCUCAUUGCAUUCGAGUGUACUGGAUGAAGGCCAGAUUUUACAUGUUACAAGGCAAGAUGGAUGAUGCCCUUUAUUGUUUCCAAAAGACUUUUGAGUAUUUGGAGUAUGCGGAGAAGCAAGGGGAGCCUACCAAGAUAUGUCUUGUCAACUGUAAAAUGGACCGCCUCAUAUCUAUAGACCAGGUAAAGAGCCACCAGGAGUCACUGCACAGAUGUCAGUCACUUGACGAAACACAGAAGCUGUACGAGUCCGGGAACUAUGAAAAGGUGGUGGAUUUUAUACUUCAGACAUUUACACAGCCACAACUCAAGGGCAAGACGAUGGCGUUCAGAACAGCAAUACCAGAGCGCCAGUCACAGUUACUGCUCCUCCAGGACUCUCUCUACAAGAUGGAGGCCCACAAGAAAGGUAUGGUGUGGGGUGAGGUGUCUUUCAAUGAGGCCGUGCAGUAUUAUAAGAGGGCCAGCACUUCAGAACAGAAAGAUGCCUGGAGUGCCACACUCACCCAAAUAUGUGAGAACCUUAUCAGGGUACUAGACAAAAAGGAUGAUGUUUUGAAAGAUGUGCCAAGCAUCAACCUGGUGCGACUGGCAAGAAAUUUAAUCAACAUAAUUGACACUACAAUGGCAGCUCCAGAUAUUGCCGUGGAAAUGCCCAUAGGCACGGUGUUACCAUGGAUACUUCUAUACAAGUUAAUUAAAUUUGAGGAAAACAAGAUCCGAUCCAUGCAAGUGUCGACUCCAGAAGCUGGUCAGACUGACCUGUUAGACGGGAUGCCCUCUUACCUCAUGCUGCUAAAUAUAGCUCACGAAUACCUGGCCAGGCAUAGUUGGUGUACAAAAUCAAAUGGAUCUCUGCUGCUCUUCUAUCUAGACGUUGCCCAGGAAUUCUUGACUGGAUCUUGUCAAUUCAAACGUGACCUUGAACAGUCAUAUGAGCAGUGUGUGUACUGUCUGUUUGGUCAUCCCAACAAGAAGGGGCGUGCGCGUCAUCUAAUGGACCACAACGCUUCACAGAUAGACCUUACCUGGGACAGCGCCCAGAAAAUCUUUGAAUACUUCAAACCCAACUCUGUGCCAGAGUUUGAUAGCUAUAAGGCUGAUGCCGUGUCUGGAGAUAUGGAGUUUUUACUGAAAAGAAUUGCACAGCUUGUUCCAGAGUCAGAGAAGCCAGCAAAACUAAUGGAAAAUUUGCAGGAAUACAUAGAGGGUAACACCAAUAUCCCACCUAAUCCAGAAACCAAACAUCUGUCAACUGUUUCUAAGGAGUUGUACUAUUUAUUAGCAGACUACUAUUUCAAGAACAAAGAACAGGCGAAGGCAGUGAGGUUCUACAUGAGUGACAUUUGUAUGAACCCUACACGUCUGGACUCCUGGGCAGGCAUGGGACUCGCGCGCAUGAGUCAGUUGGAACAGAAACUCAGUUCUACAGCCCUGAAGAUGGACAUGCCAAUUUACAGGAAAUCUAUCGGAGCUCUUCGUUGUUUCCGAAGAGCUGUUGAAAUUGAUGAUUGCAACGCAAAACUGUGGAUAGAAUACGGUUCAUUGGCAUAUCAGCUCCACUCCCACGCCUCACGGCAGCUUAAAUGGAAAAAUUGGUUUCCAUUGACUGCGGAACUAGAGCAGAUUGCAUCAGACAGCCGACAGGAGAUGUUGCAGACUGCAUUUAAUUGUUAUAAGAAAGCGAGUGAGUGUGAGAGUGAGGAGAAUGAAGAGGAAUGGCUACAACACUACAUGAUGGCUAAGUGUCUGGAAAAGAUGAGAAAACCUCCCAAGGAGUACCUUGAAAAUUACAAAAAGGCAGCUAACUAUCUGUAUGAGGAGAACGCCACAUUCCCCAAGAAGAUCGUUUACGCCUACACUACCCCACAUCUGGCUGUGGAAUCUCUCGAGAUGUUCUACCGUAUCCAUGUGUCCAUCAUGAAGAUCUUGCUGAAGAACAAAACUGUACUGGAGUCAGAUCUGCAGCUCUUCCAGCGUUAUAUAAAAGAGGCUGCUAAUAGUCCCUUUGCCCGGUGUCAGGAAAGACGACAGGAGAGCACAGCCACUCUAGAUGGUACGCUGUUACCUGUUGGACAAGGAACUAAAACUGGGGGGAAAAGGUCAAAGGUCAUGCCGAUGGAUCACACUUACUCUAAGCAGAAAAGCAUGGUGGAGGGCUCAGCCACUGACUCAGCAACCUCUGACUUUGACCAGGUCACGACUCCUAAACCAGUUUCUAUGGUUACACACAGAGAGGUUCAGGUAGUUGACCCUUCUAAUGCAACUGCUGGGAGCAUGAUGGAAUUAUCGGCUGAAAAUCUUGAUGAACAUUUGACUGUAGCAGAAUCUGUUGAUAAGGAAAAAGAGGAAGUGGACUCGGCUACAACUGUGGAAAAGUCAGCUGUACCAGAGCAAGGGCAAGGUGACACGGCUGUCGAUAAGGAGUCUGAGGGGGAUGGUUUCUUUUUAGAUGAAGUCACUGGCAUUGUAAAACAAGCUUCAUUUGGCUUUGAUGUUAAGGGGGACACACACCUAUUGGAUAGAGGUGAUAGUGCUGAUGUUGUGAUCGGAACCAAGGACAAAUAUGUUGACAAGGUCAUGAAAGUGUCUUCUCAAGAAGAAAAGUCUAAUGAUAAUGCAAUGGAAGUUUCUGCUGAGGAGGAUAAAAUCCUGUCUGAGGACAAAGUUGAUGGCCAAAAAAUGGAUAAAGACGACGAUUCUUCUCUCUCUGAGUUUGAUGUGGAGGCUCUACUUUCUGAAUAUUUACCCACAGACCAUGACAAAAAGACAUCUAGUGAUGAUAAAAAGUCAACUGACAUCAUCCAACAGGAUGAAGGUCAAACUACAGAUGUCAAGUCUAGUGAUCUUAAGGAAGGUGGUUUUGACCAGCAGGAAGAUGAGAAAUCCCUCCACUCUGUUGUACGAGAGUUAAGUCAAGGAAACGAGAGUAUGGAAUCGGAGACGAGGCAAUAUGGUGACAUGAAUCUGCCAGAGGACCAAGAGGGAGGAGCACCGAUUGAUCCAAGUGAGUUAUCACUGUCCAAAGGGCUGAGAGAGAGAAUGGCUCAGGAACUAGAGGGAGACCUUGUGUCAAAAUACGAACAAGGACAGUCUGUAGUAGGCAUGGAAACAGAAUCCAAACCUAGAAAGGAUCAGAAAUCUGUGAGCAGUCUGUCAGAUGAUGAUGAUGAAUUGGGUGAAAGUUUGGAUGAUUCCUACCUGUCUGGUUCUUCAGACUCUAUCCCAGAUUCCCUUGGUUCCCCCAGCAGAUCAGCUGCUGAUUCCUUGUCAAAAUCUGGCGAUUCUUUAUCAAAAUCGGGUGGAUUUCUGGCCCAGUUUAACCAGUUUUUGUCAAAAAAGAUUAUUCCUGAUGACAUCAUCUCAGAAAGUUCGCCAGAGAAGAGUCUAAGUUCACCCUUGAAAGCUUCAAGAUCACAGUCACCCUCCUCCCAAAUCUUUAUGUCAGACGCAGAUACAGGACUAAAAGUUCACUCACAGCAGGACACCAUUAGUUCUGUAGGUAUGAAGGAGGACUUGACAUCUGUCUCUUCUAACCUCAGUCCAAAGAAUUCAACACAUUCUGAUUCAGCCAAUCAGAAUCAGGAUAGCAUUGAUGUCAAGGAGAAAAAGAUUGAAACAGUGUUGUCCAAUCAGAAUCCAGAUGACAAGAAAGAGCCUUUGUCAAUGGAUGAGAAGUCUGAAGAUGUUAACCAACCUGUGAAAAGUGGAGCGGAUUGCCAACCAAACAUCUGUAAUAGGGAAAGUAAUAUGGAUGUCGAUGACAUUAAAGAUGUGGAUAGGAGAAAAAAGGACGAAAAUACAACCACCUUUGAAAAAGAUGAAGAAUUCACUUCUAAUGAUGAAGCAGGAAAUUUUGCACAAAAUCUGCAGAAAAAUAUUAUUGGCAAUAAAACAGAGUCUACAACCAACCAGGAACAAAGAGUGGGCGUUAAGAAAAUGGAAGCUCCUGAAAUAGAAUCUACAACCAACCAGGAACAAAAAGCGGAUGAUGAGAAAAUUACCGUUAUUGAAGAAGAAUCUACAACCAACAAGGAACUUAAAGCAGAUGAUGAAAAAAUGGAUGAAGCUAAAAUAGAUUCUAUAACCUGCCAAGGACAAAGGGCAGAUGAUGUGGAAAUGGAAGUUGAUAAGGUAGAUUUGACAACUAGCAAAGAACAAAAGUUAGACAAUGUGAAAAUUGUUGUCAUUGAUAUGGCAUCUACAGUUGGAACAGGUGAAAGAGCGGAUGAUGAGAAAAUGGAUGUGGAUAACAAGGAUGAAAAUCAGACGCCAGUGACUGAAGUUGUCAAGUCAGACAGUCCAAACUCUGGUACUAAGGAGGGUGGGACGUUGGUGAAGGAGUCCGAAAUUAAACAUAAGGGCAGUGAAGGAAUCGUCCCAGAUGAUCUGAAAGAUAAAAACACAAAGGAAAGGGAAAGUAGCAAAGAGAAAGUAGACAAUGUGAAAGUAGUUCCAACUGGAGUGGAGAAAAAAGGAGUUAAGAAAGACAAAAAGAGCACCGAAAGCACGAAAAGCAAAGGAGCCCCUGUCAGUGAUAAGCCAGGGAGUGCCAAGUUUCACAAACAGCUGAUAGAGCAGUGUAUGGCAGCUCUGUGUCUGUGUCUGUCACGCUUUCCCACUCACUACAAGUCUCUGUACAGACUGGCCUACACCUACAUCUACUCUCCCUACCACAAGAAUUUGCAAUAUGCCCAUGACCUGUUGCUUGGCAACCCUGACUGGAAGAUGAUGGCACACAUGCCUGCCCAGGGACUGUUUGUGGACAGGAAACCCAGCAACUUCUUCCAGGGUGUGUGGAAAAUUCCAGUUGAUGAGAUUGACCGUUCCGGCGGCUUCCCGUCACAUCUGACCCGGUCAGUCAAACUUCUCCUCAAAGUUCUCAAAGAGCAGAAGGACGUCCCCAAACUACACAGUAUCUUUAUCCAGCUCAGUAGGGACCCUGAUUCUGGAAAGAAGUACAUGCGUGAUGCCGAGAGGGUCAAGUUUGCACGUCUGGCUCACCAGUACUGCCUUGAUGCCAUCAAAGGACGCAUGUCUGAGCUCCGACGCUCUAAUAACCACGCCAAGGCUGUUAAAUGUCUAAUGGAAGUGUACAAGGUGUACAACUACAUAUCCUUUAAGAUGGAUAUCAGUCAAACCAUCGAGGCUAAUGAACUCCUGGAGGACACCUACAGGGCUGUCAUGGGUAAAAAGGUGUUGGAGGAUGAGGAAGUUUUGGAACAGGCCAUACGCUUUUGUCAGGAGGAGGUGCAACGUCACAAAGCAAGACAAAACCAACCUCCUGUUGGUAAAAUUAUCUUAGAGACAUCUGGAAAAGACGGAAACCAAUCAGACUCCUCUUUCUUUUCUCCUGAGAAACCUGUUUCCUUGCUCAGCAAAGUUGGGGGGCAGAGUCAAGGUGCCACUAAUAUGACACAAGGAUCAAAGUUAUUGGAGAAGGAAAAGAAAGGUCCUAUUUCACCAUUCCAGGAGAAUUUCUACAGGACUAUGUCAGCAUCCGAGUCGCCCAUUGGGAAACCAAAACAGUUACCAAGUCCUGUUGGUGUAGGGAUGCCUGCCGGAGGUAAACUUAACCCAGGAACUGUGAAGCAAACAACAGCAAAGUCUGGUACACAGGGGGUAGGAUUACCUGGGAAGCUUCCUACCACUGGAGUGAGUAGGUCAAAGGUCAUGCAGAAGACUUCAACCAGUACCCAGAAGUCCAGUUUGAUUUCCACAGUCAAGACAAAUAUUCCCAAGGAAAGAUUUGUGGGCGAAACAAAAGGAAAGUCCCUAUCAGUGAGUGGUAAGGGAGCCUGUGGGUUUAAGCCAUAUAAUCCAAAUAACUCCUCAGCACCGUCUCCUGUUUCUACUCCUGCCACACCUAACAUUGGACUCUCUACUCCUGCCACACCUAACAUUGGACUCUCUACUCCUGCCACACCUAACAUUGUACUCUCUACUCCUGCCACACCUAACAUUGGACUCCCUACUCCUGCCACACCUAACAUUGGACUCUCUACUCCUGCCACACCUAACAUUGGACUCUCUACUCCUGCCACACCUAACAUUGGACUCUCCCCCAAGUUUGACUACAGCAGGAAGGGCGAUCCAGCCACCUCUCUACCUGUCAAAAAGGUUAUAGAGGUAAUUGAAAUUUCAUCAUCUGAUGAUGAAGGGGACAUGAUGACAAAUUCAGGAAAGGCAGGCGAUAAAGUUCAGCAAGGUGGACCACACAUAGGAAAAGGUAUUGCCAGCUCCCAGAAAGGUGGUGGUAAUAGCUUACGGACAUUACUACAGGGGGGUGAAUACCAGUCAGCACCAAAGGCUGGCAGCACAGGACAAGGUGGCAAAGGUGCUGGACAACCAAAGGGAGCUAACUUACCUAUACAAAGACCGUAUCCCACUGGUAUAGUAUACAACAAGGGAGGUAUCCAGGUCAAACAGUUGACUGGUAGUAUGUCCAAAGACUCGCAAGGUAAUCAAAUAAAACCCUCGCAGAAAUCAGGUGGCCCGAAGGGAAAUAACUCUGCUGGACAUAAACUUAAUCAGCCGACUUCACAGGUACAUCCAGGAUAUGUCAUGUAUGGAGCAAAGGUGACACCACCAUUGUCCCACCAGAAACCUUUCUCACAGGAAAGUAUUACAGAUGAUUCCGAUUUAUCGGAGAGAGAGGACAAGACAUACCAACCCUCUGAGGAGAGCAGCAGUGACGAGGAUCCUAGGACAAACCAAACAAAUCCACAGUCCACUUCUGUUAGAAGGCCAUCGAAGUCAGGCACGCAGCCGGCCACAGCUUACAUCCAGGAUAACGUGUCAAUUCGUAUCCUUAACACAGAAACAGGACAAGUGGUCGAUUCUGAUAGUCAGAAAAGUGACCUGGUCACUGACCCUGAGAAACUGUUCUUUGAUGUCAAAGAUUGGCUAGAUGAUUUAUGAACCAAACAUUUAUCUACAGUAAAUCAUUUUUUAAUCAUGUAUAUAAUGGAAGUUUUGUUUUUCACAUUCCUCUCCAAGAUAGCUGAUGAAUGUAAGUAAGGACAUAGUGAAUGUAAAACCAAAUACAGGACUGCUAGUUUAUUAGAGCUGGUGAUCUGAUAUUUCGCGCUAGCUUUGAGAAAGAUGUUGUAGGCCUGCAUUAACAUGUUCAGGUCUAUAAGCAUUAACAAAAAUGUCCCUUGUUACAGAAUAUACAGGUUUUCUGUGUGAGUAAACAGUUUCAAAGUAAACAAGUGCUAAUGAGUAUUGCAAAUAACUUGUAAGAUAGUUUUCAAUGUUUUUAUAUAAAAAAAA